AAGGCGGCGGCGGGCGGGCAAGCGCGCGCGGGGCCGCGGAGAGCCAGGCCGCGACCGGAGCCCGCGGGAGCCCACGAGGCUCGAGUCCUUGGCCCUGCAAAACAAUGCGCGGCGCGCGGAGGAGCUCUACUGGCCCGGGGCGGCGGGGACGCGCCGAGCCCUCUUGAGCCCGCGCCGCUGACCUCCCCCCCGCACAGACGGCCCGAGCGCCGGGCGCCGCGCUCCCAGCUCGCGGGGGCCGGGCCGAGCCGCGGGGCGGGGCCGCCCCUCCGUCGCUGCUGCCUCCUCCCCCACCGCCGCCGCGGAGGAUGCGGACGGCCCCCGGCGGCGUCUAGCGGCCCGGGCCCGGCACGAUGGUGCAGCAGCGGGGCGCGCGGGCCAAGCGGGACGGCGGGCCGCCGCCCCCGGGGCCCGGGCCGGCCGCCGAGGGGGCGCGCGAGCCAGGCUGGUGCAAGACCCCGAGCGGCCACAUCAAGCGGCCGAUGAACGCGUUCAUGGUGUGGUCGCAGCACGAGCGGAGAAAGAUCAUGGACCAGUGGCCCGACAUGCACAACGCUGAGAUCUCCAAGCGCCUGGGCCGCCGCUGGCAGCUGCUGCAGGACUCGGAGAAGAUCCCGUUCGUGCGGGAGGCGGAGCGGCUGCGCCUCAAGCACAUGGCGGACUACCCGGACUACAAGUACCGGCCUCGCAAGAAGAGCAAGGGGGCGCCCGCCAAGGCGCGGCCCCGCCCCCCCGGAGGCGGCGGUGGUGGCAGUCGGCUGAAACCCGGGCCACAGCUGCCGGGCCGCGGGGGCCGCCGAGCGUCGGGAGGACCUCUGGGGGGCGGCGCGGCGGCGCCGGAGGACGACGACGAAGACGAAGAGGAGGAGCUGCUGGAAGUACGCCUGCUGGAGACCCCCGGGCGCGAGCUGUGGAGGAUGGUCCCGGCGGGGCGCGCCGCUCGCGGACCCGCCGAGCGCGCGCAGGGGCCAUCCGGCGAGGGGGCGGCCGCCAGCGCCGCCUCUCCCACCCUGUCGGAGGACGAGGAGCCGGAGGAAGAGGAGGAGGAGGCGGCUACAGCAGAGGAGGGCGAAGAGGAGACGGUGGUAUCUGGGGAGGAGCCGCUGGGCUUUCUGUCCAGGAUGCCCCCGGGUCCCGCCGGCCUGGACUGCAGUGCCCUGGACCGUGACCCGGACCUGCUGCCCCCUACGGGCACGUCACAUUUCGAAUUCCCGGACUACUGCACCCCCGAGGUUACCGAGAUGAUCGCGGGGGACUGGCGCCCGUCUAGUAUCGCCGACCUGGUUUUCACCUACUGAGCCCACCGUCAGCGGGGCGCGCACGCCCCCAAACCAGCUGUUUACAUACAGGAAUCAGGUAUUGGGGCCCCUCGGAGGCCGAGGCUGGCACCCCAUCUCCCGCGCAGCCUCCCCCCUCCUAGUUGUGCCCAUCCCCCCACAAAUCCAGACAUACCCCUCCCCCGCAGACACACCCCAAGGCAGCCCAACCCCCACUUUCUCCCUGACAUCUAAGCCCCUCCCCAUUCAGUCCUGUCCCGCGUAGCCACCAGCAGCCAGCCCCCCUCGGAUACACCUCUCGUUCCUCCUACAUACCUUAACCCCUCCCCCUCACUUUGCACACGCCCCUCCUCGUGGCCGGACGGCACGCCCCUUCGCUCCAGAAUCCCUCCGCCCUCGCCUGGGCCUGCCUUGGUAGUUAAGGGGGCGCUGCGUCUGGCGGUCCAGCGCUCCUCCCAGUCCCCUCCUCUUCUGGGGGGAAGGGAGCCAUCCCUUCCUCCCUGGAUCUCAAGGCCCCACCCCUCAGCUUGAACCAUCCCUCCCCCCCUUCUUGCGCAUGCUUGAUGCUUCUUGGAGGGGGCAGGUCCCAGUUAAGCUGCAGGCCUCUGUUGCCAACUCCGAAAGGGAGGGGGCGAUUAUAGAGUGAUCUAAGAAAUCCUUUGAUCCCGAAGCCUGUAGCUUACUCUCAACCCCACGGGGCGUCACUGCCUUAAUGGGAGGCGCACUCAAAGGGAGAGAUAGAAAUUAGCUAGCCCUAAACUCUGCAAGUGUCAACCCCUUUUCUAUGAAGGGGUCACCCACGCCCACUACCACCCUCCACCGCGUGACUGCCUUUACAGCCCAUCUUGGUCGCCGGAAACUUGAUUUCCCCAAGUGGGAAUUUAGAAUUCGGUCUUUGGAAAUCCACCAAGAUGGGGUUGUCCAAGAGAACUCAGAACCAAGACACCUACCAGUCUGGGGACAGAGUUCCUGCUGCCCCCUCAACCCCCCUCCUCGGGAAGCGCCCUAUCAGCUCAGGGCAUCCUCUCUGCCUGGGCUCCUCCCUAAGUCCAUCACCCCUUCCUAUCACUCAGAUCCAGUCUCAGCAACCACAGCUGCAGUGUUCAGUGGGAGAAACUGAAGCCCGUUGUCACUAGGGUUUAGGACAGGCAUACCAGCAGACGGUGGCAAGACUGAGGACCAUGACUUGAGGAGAGACCAGGCCAGAGGACGGUGGCUGAGCUAGUAGUGGACUCGGGUGCUUUGCACUUCGGUCUGCCCUUGUGAGAAAUGGGGUGGCACUGCUGUAGUUAGGAAGCUGUGUUGANAUUAGGUUGCCCUCCNGAGCCCUGCCCNGUUGCCAAGUCUGCUCCACUGGUCUNCCGCUCCANCCCCGCCCCUCCAGCCUCCCCAUCCUCCCUCUGCCCUCACUACCUGUAUCUCACCGGCGUGUGUCCACCCUCUGGGUGGUUCACACACACUCAUUCACACACACAUACACAAAUCUCAGGAACAAACGGUCCCAGAGUCCUCCUCAGCCCCUGCCCUGGGUCUCUGCAGGUCUCUGCCCCAUGCGUUCCCUUCGCUGACAANGCCACCAGCUGCCUCCUCUAAGCUUGGUGCUCCGGCUCUGGGCCUUUCUUGCGCUCUUUCUCUCUUUCUCUUUCUGUUUUCUUC